AGUGACCAGCUGCUGAUCAAAGGAGGAAAAAUUGUCAAUGAUGAUCAGUCCUUUUAUGCAGACAUUUACGUGGAAGAUGGUUUAAUAAAACAAAUUGGAGAAAACCUGGUGGUUCCUGGUGGCGCAAAGACGGUGGAUGCCUGCGGCCAGCUGGUGAUGCCGGGGGGCAUCGACGUCCACACGCGGCUGCAGGCGCCCGCCAUGGGGAUGAGCCCGGCCGACGGCUUCUGCCAGGGCACGAAGGCAGCGCUGGCGGGGGGAACCACCAUGAUCAUCGACCACGUCUGCCUGCCCGCGGGGAACACCCUCCCGGCUGCCUACGAGGAGUUUUUUUGGCGCGGGGCUGCCGACGGGCAGGUCUGCUGCGACUACGCGCUGCACGUGGACAUCCCGCGCUGGCACGAGAGCUUGCGGGAGGAGCUGGAGGCGCUGGUCAAGGACAAGGGUGUGAACUCGUUCCUGGUUUUCAUGGCAUACAAGGACAGGCUGCAGUGCUCCGAUGCCCAGAUGUACGAGAUAUUCUGCAUCCUCCGGGACCUGGGGGCCAUCGCCCAAGUGCACGCGGAGAACGGAGACAUCAUCGAGGAGGAGCAGAAGCGGCUGCUGGAGCUGGGGAUUACGGGGCCGGAAGGGCACGUCCUCAGCCGCCCUGAGGAGGUGGAGGCGGAGGCGGUGUACCGUGCCAUCACCAUCGCCCGGCAAGCCAACUGCCCCCUCUAUGUCACCAAAAUAAUGAGCCGGGGUGCUGCGGAUGUGUUGGCUCACGCCAAGAGGAAAGGCACGGUGGUGGAUUUCAAGUCCGCUGCCUCAUGGGGUGCCGGGCGGGCUCUCGCGCCAUCGGGUGCCUGCGCUGACCCUCUGCCGUGUCUGCCCAGCGGGGACCUGCAGGUCGCCGGCAGCGCCCACUGCACCUUCAGCACCGCGCAGAAGGCCGUGGGGAAGGACAACUUCACCCUCAUCCCCGAGGGCACCAACGGCAUCGAGGAGCGGAUGGCAGUGAUCUGGGAGAAGUGUGUGGUCCCCGGGAAGAUGGACGAGAACGACUUUGUGGCGGUGACCAGCACCAACGCUGCCAAGAUCUUCAACUGCUACCCCCGCAAGGGGCGUGUGGCCGUGGGCGCGGACGCUGACCUGGUGGUGUGGAACCCCAAGGCUACCAAAACCAUCUCGGCAAAAACCCACAACCUGACUGUGGAGUACAACAUCUUUGAAGGCACUGAGUGCCACGGGGUUCCCACCGUGGUCAUCAGUCAAGGCAGAGUGGUUCUGGAGGAUGGAAACCUGGCUGUCACCCCGGGCUCAGGCCGCUUCGUUCCCAGGAAGACGUUCCCUGACUUUGUUUAUAAAAGGAUAAAGGCCAGAAACAGGCUGGCCGAGGUCCAUGGCGUGCCCCGCGGGCUGUACGACGGACCGGUCCACGAGGUCCUGGCGAGUGCCAAAGCCGUGGCCCCC